AUGGCAAGCAGGCGAAAAUCUACAACACCCUGCAUGGUCCUUGCCAGUGAACAGGAUCCAGACCUCGAGUUGGUAUCAGAUUUGGACGAAGGUCCGCCUGUACUUACACCUAUAGAAAACACCAGAACAGAGAGUGUCUCAAGUGAUGAAGAAGUUCAUGAGUCCGUGGAUUCUGACAAUCAGCAAAAUAAAAAAGUUGAAGGUGGCUAUGAAUGUAAAUACUGUACUUUCCAAACUCCAGAUCUAAAUAUGUUUACUUUUCAUGUGGAUUCAGAACAUCCCAAUGUAGUGCUAAAUUCAUCCUAUGUUUGUGUUGAAUGCAAUUUUCUUACCAAAAGGUAUGAUGCACUUUCUGAGCAUAAUCUGAAAUAUCACCCAGGAGAAGAGAAUUUUAAGUUGACUAUGGUAAAACGAAAUAACCAGACAAUCUUUGAACAAACAAUAAAUGAUCUGACUUUUGAUGGUAGUUUUGUUAAGGAGGAGAAUUCAGAGCAAGCUGAAUCUACAGAAGUUUCUUCUUCAGGAAUAUCUAUCAGUAAAACUCCUAUCAUGAAAAUGAUGAAAAAUAAAGUGGAGAACAAACGGAUUACAGUUCAUCGUAAUUCAACUGAGGAUGUCCCGGAAGAGAAAGAGAAUGAAAUCAAACCAGACCGUGAAGAAACUGUGGAAAAUCCAAGCUCUUCAGCUUCUGAAUCAAAUGCAAGUACUUCUGUUGUAAACAGAAUCCACCCACAUGCUGCCAGCACGGUUGUAGCCCCGGCAGCAGUUCUUCCUGGGUUAGCACAGGUGAUCACGGCAGUAUCAGCUCAGCAGAAUUCCAGUUUGAUUCCCAAAGUCCUAAUCCCUGUUAAUAGCAUUCCUACCUACAAUGCUGCAUUGGAUAACAACCCCCUUUUGCUUAACACCUACAGCAAAUUCCCUUAUCCAACAAUGUCAGAGAUAACUGUUCUUUCUGCUCAAGCAAAAUAUACAGAGGAACAGAUCAAGAUAUGGUUUUCAGCCCAACGUCUAAAACACGGUGUUAGCUGGACUCCCGAGGAAGUAGAGGAGGCAAGAAGGAAACAAUUCAACGGAACAGUACACACUGUACCUCAGACCAUAACUGUCAUUCCUACCCACAUCUCUGCGGGGAGUAAUGGUUUACCAUCCAUCUUACAGACAUGCCAAAUAGUUGGCCAGCCGGGUCUGGUCCUCACACAAGUAGGUGGCACGAACACCUUGCCAGUAACAGCACCUAUAGCCUUGACAGUGGCAGGGGUUCCAAAUCAAACGAAUGUACAGAAAAGUCAGGUCCCCGCUACUCAGCCAACCGCAGAAACCAAGCCAGCAACAGCAGCAGUCCCCUCCUCUCACCUGGUCAAACACGAAGCCACGUUGGCAAACCCUGAUUCAUUUGGCAAUCGGGCUAAAAAGACUAAAGAGCAGCUGGCAGAAUUAAAAGUCAGCUACCUGAAGAAUCAGUUUCCCCAUGAUGCUGAAAUUAUCAGACUGAUGAAAAUCACAGGACUGACCAAAGGAGAGAUUAAAAAAUGGUUUAGUGACACAAGGUACAACCAGAGAAAUUCAAAGAGUAAUCAGUGCUUACAUCUCAACAAUGACUCCUCUGCCACUAUCAUCAUAGACUCUAGCGAUGAAACCACAGAAUCCCCAGCUGUUGUGACUUCACAGCAGAAACAGUCCUGGAAUCCUCUUCCCGACUUUACUCCCCAGAAGUUUAAAGAGAAGACAGCAGAGCAGCUUCGUGCCCUGCAGGCAAGUUUUCUCAACAGCUCCGUACUUACAGAAGAAGAACUAAAUAGGUUAAGAGCGCAAACCAAACUCACCAGAAGGGAAAUUGAUGCUUGGUUUACAGAGAAGAAAUCAAAAGCUUUAAAGGAAGAGAAAGUGGAAGCAGAGGAAAGCAAUGCAGGUAGUUCCAAAGAAGAAGCUGGAGAAACUUCUCCUGGAGAUGAAUCUAGUGCACCUAAGUCAGGGAGUGCUGGCAAGAUAUGUAAGAAAACACCCGAGCAGCUGCACAUGCUUAAGAGUGCGUUUGUCCGAACACAGUGGCCGUCGCCAGAAGAGUAUGACAAGCUGGCUGAAGAAAGCGGGCUUGCUAGAACAGACAUAGUUAGUUGGUUUGGGGACACCCGUUAUGCUUGGAAAAAUGGAAACUUAAAAUGGUACUACUACUAUCAAAGCGCCAAUUCAAGUAGCAUGAAUGGUCUGUCUUCUCUUAGGAAAAGGGGGAGAGGGAGACCAAAAGGCAGGGGGAGAGGAAGACCUCGUGGGCGGCCCAGAGGAGGCAAGAGAAUGAGCAACUGGGACCGGGGGCCGUCCCUCAUCAAAUUUAAAACUGGAACUGCAAUACUUAAGGAUUAUUACCUGAAGCACAAAUUUCUUAAUGAGCAAGACCUCGAUGAACUUGUUAACAGAUCACAUAUGGGUUACGAGCAGGUCAGAGAAUGGUUUGCCGAAAGACAGAGAAGAUCCGAGUUAGGUAUAGAAUUAUUUGAGGAAAACGAGGAGGAAGAUGAAGUUAUUGAUGAUCAGGAAGAGGAGGAAGAAGAAACAGAUGACAGUGACACUUGGGAACCCCCACGACAUGUGAAGCGGAAGCUUUCUAAAUCAGAUGACUGAAAUCUGCCUAAAACGUUGGAGGAGAAUCAAUUCUUCAACUCCAGAUGUCUGAUUUACUGUGAAUGGCCCAAUCUUUGAUGACAUUGAAAACGUUUGGGGGCAUAUACAAUCUCAAAAACUAGGAUCCAAUACCCAAAAGAAAUGGAAUUCAGUGUUGUGCCAAAGUUAAACUACUGCAAAUGGUAGAAGUCCUGCAAUGUACAUAGAACACUAAUUAAAAAACAACCUGUACAAAUUCAGAUUUUAAUACAGUACAUUUUUAUUCUGAUAUGAUGGAGACAUUCUGAUUCUUAGACUUUCUGAGGGAGUUUAAUGACCACUAGAGCUUGUCCUCAUAUUUUUUUCAGCUUAAUACUGUAUGUCUCAUAAGAUGGGCCUUAUUGCCUGUAUUCUUUGAUAUGUGAUUAAGCCUGUAGCUUUCAGUGACCAAACAUUUUACAGAGUAGAAAUUGUUAGAAGCAGGAAAAAGAAAAAUCUGAUUUAUUUCUAUAUCUCAUUUAUCAGGCCCUGCACUAAGAUUAAGAGUUGUGCAUGGGUUUAUAUAAUUUCAAUGUAAGUAAAAAACUAUUGACACAUGUUGGAGCAAAGAGGUUUUGUGGUAUCAUUGGCGCUUAAUGAUUUGACCUUUCAUUGAACACAUUCAUGGGUUCCACUAUUACUAUUUGUAAUACUCCCUUACUGUUUUUCAUUAGAAACUGAAUUAGCUUUUUUUAAAACCGAACAUAAUCAGUACUGAAGAAGGGAAAGAAACUGGCAUAGGAAUUUCAAGAAGGUG